UCUACUUUGUUUUGGAUUUUUGGAGAGUUCCUGGUGGAAGGAGGGGGGUGAGGAGGAGGAGGAGAUGAGGGGUGUCAGGAUCUGACCUUGUUGCAUGGUGCCCCCCUUACACAAGAAGUUUUGUGGCCAUUGAUCUGCUUGCUGUUUGCUAACACAGGAGCCCAUUCAGACUUGUUCCACUAGGGGGGUCCUGGUGGAGCUCGGAUUUUGGGAGUACACACAGGACUUCCUGCACUCAUCAUCAUCAUCAUCAUCAUCAUCAUUACCAUGACUUUGGGAACUGAGAUGUCUGAUAACUCCCUGCUAUCUGAAGACACCGACAUCGAUGUAGUCGGUGAUAUGAAUGUGAAGGAUGGGAAAUACUCCGACUACCAAUCCGACAACGACUCGGACGACAACCUCUCCAGGACUCACCCUGCGGCCUCUCCAGAUCUCUCCUCCGGCUCUGACUCCAACCCAAGAAGUGGAGACAAGAACCCCAAGAACACUCUGGUGAAGCCCCCCUAUUCCUACAUAGCCCUCAUCACCAUGGCUAUCCUGCAGAGCCCCAAGAAGAGGCUGACCCUCAGUGAGAUCUGUGAGUUUAUAAGCAAUCGCUUCCCCUAUUACAGGGAGAAGUUCCCAGCCUGGCAGAACUCCAUCAGGCACAACCUGUCCCUCAAUGACUGCUUUGUCAAGAUACCCAGAGAACCUGGCAACCCUGGCAAGGGCAACUACUGGACCCUGGACCCUGAGUCUGCGGACAUGUUUGACAAUGGGAGUUUCCUGCGCAGGAGGAAGAGAUUCAAGAGACAACAGAGUACAGAGAUCCUGAGGGACCCCACUAGUUUCAUGCCAGCCUUUGGAUAUGGACCCUAUGGCUACAACUAUGGUCUCCAGCUACAACUACCACCACCACCAGCACCACCACCAGGUGCCACUUUCUCCUUCCAGCCCACCCACUGCCCCAUACCUACCCCAACCUCUGUCUUCUCCAGCCCCACAUUGCCAGCCUUCAUUGGGAACGAACUGGGCAGGAAAUCCUUCUACUCCCAGCUCAGCCCCACCAUGCCCAUCAUCCAGACCCUCAAGGCGGACACCCAGGCAAGGACUUCAUUCUCCAUAGACAACAUCAUUGGGGGGUCAGCUACUGCUCCCCCAUCCACCCCCACCUCCCCCUACCCAACAGCCCAACCCGGGAGCCAGACACAGGUCAUUGCCAUGUUAACCCCUUCACUGGCCCCCAUGCAGAACCAUUUAAACUUGGCCCACGACACCAUGUUACAGAGCGGACAGAACUUCUCCAGCAAAGUCACAAACCUGAGCAGCUGUCAUUUUUAACCCCCUUCCUCCCAAAACAAAAAAAAAAAAUUAUUAAAAAAAAAAUUACUUAAAAAA